AUGGCGCAACCAUCUUUUGCUCGUCUAUCUCUCUUGUUCUUUGGCUUUCUCCUUCUCUUCGCCACCUACUCUUGGGUCUUUGGACCCGACUCAGGCUUCUUAUCCGGUACCCGGGUCCGGAAAACUCUCGGGUCGGAUCCUAAACUCCGCGUUGACCACUCUUCCGAUAAGCCUCAUCAUCCACUUGAUCCACUAACGGUGCGUGAAAUCGAAAGAGUCCGAUCCAUCCUCUCGGGUCAUGACCCGGAUUUCCGUUCCGGGUCGGCCACGAUUCACUCCAUGGCUCUCGACGAACCGGAUAAAGCACGUGUCGUUCGGUGGAAGAAGGGAAACCGGCUUCCGUCGCGAAGAGCUGAGGUCGUCGCUUUGUCUGGUGGUAAAAGCCACGUGAUUACGGUGGAUCUUGAAUCGGGUCGGGUCGUUUCGGAUUUGAUUAACCCGUCUUCUGGGUAUCCGAUUCUAACCAUGGACGACCUAAUCGCGGCUUCGCAGGUUCCUUUCAAGAGCAUAGAAUUCAACCGCUCAAUCGAAGCGCGUGGGGUUAAAUUUUCCGAUCUGGUUUGCAUAACGCCGUUCGCGGGAUGGUUUGGACCGGAGGAAGAAGGACGUCGAAUCAUAAGAGUGCAAUGUUACACGUCAAAAGACACUCCAAACUAUUUCAUGAGACCCCUUGAAGGUCUUUAUGCAAUGGUCGAUAUGAACAAACUAGAGGUUAUCAAGGUCGUUGAUAAAGGCCCGGUUCCGAUUCCUAAAGCCGCUGGUACAGAAUACCGGUAUAGUGUUCUUAAUAAACCGGUGCAUAUGGAUCCAAUCAACCCGAUUUCGAUGGAGCAGCCGGGUGGUCCGAGUUUUCGGGUCGAAGGUGGACAUUUGGUUAAGUGGGCUAAUUGGGUUUUUCAUGUUAAAGCGGACCAACGAGCCGGUAUGAUCAUCUCUCAGGCCACGGUUCGUGACUCCGAGACAGGUGAACCAAGAAGUGUGAUGUACAAAGGAUUCCCAUCGGAGUUGUUCGUACCAUACAUGGACCCUGAGGAAUUAUGGUACUACAAAACUUAUAUGGAUGCAGGAGAGCUCGGUUUAGGCCCUCCCGCAAUGCCGCUUGUGCCUCUCAACGAUUGCCCUCGCAAUGCUUACUAUAUAGAUGGCAUUUUCGCCUCGCCGGAUGGUAAAGCCAUCGUACAACCUAACAUGAUAUGCUUGUUUGAACGCUACGCAGGCGAUGUUAGCUGGCGACAUUCUGAAAUUCUUAUCCCCAACGUCGAUAUAAAAGAGGCAAGGCCAAAAGUUACAUUGGUAGCUCGAAUGGCAACUUCGGUUGGAAAUUACGACUAUAUUGUUGAUUGGGAAUUUCAGACCGAUGGUUUGAUUCGCGUUACGGUUGCGGCUUCAGGGAUGUUGAUGGUGAAAGGAACACCUUACGAGAAUGUAGAUGACUUAGGUGAUAAAGAGGAUGAUUCUGGACCGUUGAUCUCUGAGAAUGUUAUUGGAGUUGUUCAUGAUCAUUUCAUAACGUUUCAUCUAGACAUGGACAUUGAUGGACAUACGAACAAUUCUUUGGUUAAGUUCCAUCUAGAGAAGCAGAGAAUUCCAACGGGAAAAUCGCCAAGGAAGAGUUACUUGAAGGUUAAGAAAUAUGUUGCCAAGACUGAGAAAGAUGCACAGAUCAAAUUGAACCUCUAUGAUCCAUAUGAAUUUCAUAUUGUGAACCCGAACCGAAAGUCUCGGAUAGGAAACCCGGCCGGUUACAAGAUCGUACCAGGUGGUAAUGCGGCGAGUUUACUUGAUCACGAUGAUCCUCCUCAAAUUCGAGGUGCAUUCACCAAUAAUCAGAUAUGGGUAACUCAGUAUAACCGGUCAGAACAGUUUGCCGGAGGAGUUUUAGUUUACCAGAGCCACGGUGAUGACACAUUACAAGUUUGGUCAGACCGGGACCGUUCGAUCGAAAACAAGGACAUAGUGUUGUGGUACACGCUAGGGUUCCAUCACGUACCUUGCCAAGAAGAUUAUCCGGUUAUGCCAACCGUCGCGGCUAGUUUUGAACUUAAACCGGCCAAUUUCUUUGAAACCAAUCCGAUUCUUGGGGUUGCGCCCUUCUUAGAAAAGGACUUACCAGUCUGUAGACCAUUUGCUUCAUCUUGAUCGGUUCUGUCUCGUAUAGAAUUUACAUCAGAUCAAAUGUCCGGUUUAGCUACGGGCUGUUGAAGUUUGUUUACCGUUUUGUAAUAAAACCACAACGUCCAAACAAAUAAUUCUUAGAGAAAAUCCAUA